AUGAGCCUUUCUCUUGGUUCUGGCAGUGGUGGUCUCGGAGGUGGAGGUGGGGGGGUGGGCUCAGGCCUGCCUCCUACACCUCCCGGCUACGGUGACGUAGCCGCCUACAGCAGGGCCUUCGAGCGGAAGGUCGGCAGCCUUCUUUCGUUGGCUGCAAGGCCAGCGAACACCACUGCCACUGUUGAAGUGGGAAAUGUUCGCCGCUUCCUGGGCGGCUUUUUAUCCUUCCUCGAGGAGGCCCGGUCGCGCUUCCCCGACCAGCUGCCCGGGGAGCUGUACGACCAAAGAUACAUGAUAAAGCGGCUCCUGGUGACGAUGGCGACGAUCCCGCCCGAGGGCGCCGCUGGAAGGAGAUUCCGUUUCUUCUCGCCUCCGACCAGAACCAGAGCCCGCGACCUCAUCGAAUGGCUCACUUCUGUUGUCGACCAGCCGCUGCCGCCUCCUCAACCGACCAUACCCGCGAUGCCGCCUCCUCCAGUUCCGGCUUCCUCGACCGCAUCAAGACCAACCGCCAACAGCUCUCAGCGGAACAGACAGGCCGACGACGUCAAACCGGUCCCUGCCGACCAUCCUAUCUGGGGUGUCAACCGCAUGAUGCAUGGUAUCGCCCAACGAAAGGGAGGAAAGAUCCGUGUCUUCAAUCCUGCCUACAUUGAAUUCAAACGGCCCGCCAAGAUACUCGGUCACAACGGCUGGGAGGUUGGCCAGUGGGUUCCCGGCCAGCUCAACGCGAUGUACCUCGGUGGGCACGGUGAAUCCAAUGCCGGAAUCUCAUACACCAAGGAUGAGCAUGGCAAUAUCGGACCAGCAGCAUCAAUCAUCAUGGCGGAGAAGUACGGCGCGAUGGACGUCGAUCAAGGCGAAACCAUCACGUACUGCGGUACCAACUCGAUGGAGACGACACGCGAUAGCCCGGCCGACGGCGCGCAGCUCGUCCGCGGAAACAAAGCUCUCAUGGUUUCCAAGGAACAGAAGACUCCUGUCCGCGUCUUCCGCAAGGCCAAAAAGGGCAGUCAAAACUCCACCUACGCGCCCAAGGUCGGCCUCCGAUACGACGGACUUUACUACGUGACCGGUUACAGCAAGGCCACCAACGACAAGGGCGGAAUUUAUCACAAAUUCACCUUGCAGCGUCACCACCCCCAGAAGCCUCUUGAAGACCUCAGGAACAUCCCCAGCAAACAGCAGCGGAGAGACUAUGCCAAGAUUGACGACGGCUACUAG